AAAAUACUGUACUUAAUAGUAAAAGGCGUGAUAUUGUGUGUUAAAAGGGUCAAAAAUCGUUAAAGCGCCUGAAGGUACAUUUUGCUGUAAAAUUCUGCCAUGAUAGUUCAGCAUGGUAAAAACUGAAUUUCAAGUAGCAAUGCACCGUUGGUUCUUAUUACGGACAAUACCGUGGCGGUGUUUUCCUCUUCCACACCGUUUUUCAAUAUAUAUGAAUACCUCGAGCUGGAAUCCGAAUGGACACACUUUGCACGAUAUCAGUAUGAACAUCUUCAACAAAAGUCAAGAAAACGAUCAACCAACCGGUAACACCUCAGCACAGCUGCUGCCAGCGCGAUAUACUGGCGAUCAGGUGCGUCACGCUUAUCUGGCGUGUCGCCCUGUGUUUUUUUGCCUCUUGGUCCUGUGCACCGUGGGCAAUGUGCUGAAUUUGGCGGUCUUAUUACGUAGUGCGUCGACGUGGAGAACAUCCGCUUCUCAUUACAUGAUCGCCACCGCGGUCUCUGAUUUGGUAGCUUUAUAAGUUUGCUAGCGAAUUUUAUUCUGUGCAAGCGUACUUCAUUGCGAACUGCGUAUGGAUAUACGAUGGCUUAGCUUACCCGACUUCUUAUCCGAUCAAGCAGUGGUUGCUAUAUGCCUCAGUCCAGAGUACAUUUCAAGCGGAGCAAAUCUCGUCCUUCCAUGGUUCUCGAACGCUUCCAUGAUUUUAGCUGAUUGGAUCAUGGUGGUAUUCUCGUGGGAGCGUUUACUUGUGAUUCUCAGUCCGUUUCGGUACGGCUUCCUGCAGCGCGUCGUAACAGCGCGCAUUAUUAUUGUCGCCCUUGUCAUUUUCUCGCUUGCCAGCUACAUGUACGAAUUUGCAGCGAACUACGAUUUUAUCGAACGCCCUGAGUGGCUCUCGGAGUGGGCCGAACAGAACCAAGUGGCAUUAAUUGCAGCGCGCAUUCUGACGUUUCUCUUGAUCCUUAUCCCCAGCAUAAUUUUAAUCAUCAUUCUUGCACGGCAUCAAAAAUCGGAGUUCAGCAAGAUGCGCCGCUCGCAGAAAGCCAGCAUCGCGGCUUCGGCAUCGACACAUGGCGCCCCCAUGCCGACCGAUAGAUCCUUAUCCCAACAUGCCACCAACAUCAUCCUGCUGAGCAGUGCACUGCUGCAUCUCAUCACGCGAACUCCAAAGUUUUUCGAUUUGUGUGCAUGGGCGAUACCGGGAGACAGCCGUAUCUUAUGUCACGGAUCUUAGCGUGUUCUUU